AUGCAGCGUUCAUUAGCCAAGAGCCUCCGCCACCAACUCGUUGGCUACCGGAAAGGGAACCAACAGAUGGUUGCUCAGCCCUGCGACGUCUUCAUUAACCACAGAGGUGUCGACACAAAGCGUACCGUCGCUGGGUUGCUCUACCACCACCUCAAGUUGCUCAAAUUCAAUCCUUUCUUGGACAACAAAAACAUGAAACCAGGAGACAAGUUGUUUGAGAACAUCGAUUCCGCCAUACGCAGUUGUAAGGUUGGGGUUGCUAUCUUUUCUCCCAACUACUGCAACUCUUACUUCUGCCUUCACGAACUGGCUCUGAUGACGGAGUCCCACAAGAAGAUUAUCCCCAUCUUCUGCGACAUCAAACCCUCUGAACUACAGGUCUUAAAAAGUGGAGCUUGCCCGUCCAAUGAACUCCAGCGCUUUACGUGGGCUCUUCAAGAGGCCAAGUACACGGUGGGACUAAGCUUCAACUCUAAUAAUGGGAAUUGGUCGAAGCUCGUUUCAGAUGCAUGCAACAUAGUGGUGAAGACCUUGAUUGAAUUACAAGAAGAACAAGGAGGCCAGGUCUAUCAUGGUCCUAUAAUUCAUUAA